UUUUAGGCCUCGCACUCAAACCAAGCUUUUCUCCCUUUCCUAUAUAGGCCGCAGUCAGCUAAACGAAGACGAAGAAGAAGGGAAACAAAACAAAUUCCUUUCUUUUAUUUUUGUUUAUUUAUUUAUUUUCUGUAUUCAGAGUUCCUACACGUACAACAGUUGCAAUGGCUACUCUCGUUCCUCCGUCAACUACAGUUCCACCGGCGGCAGGUUCAAAAUCGCCGGCCGUCGAAUCGGAGAAAGUUGAUUACUUGAACUUGCCUUGUCCCAUUCCUUAUGAAGAAAUUCAUCGCGAAGCUCUCAUGUCUUUAAAGCCGGAGCUUUUUGAAGGGUUGCGUUUUGACUUUACCAAAGGACUUAAUCAAAGAUUUUCACUCAGUCAUAGUGUUUUUAUGGGACCUACAGAACUUCCUACUCAGUCUGCAGACAUCGUUAAAAUACCAACUGCUCACUACGAGUUUGGUGCUAACUUUAUAGAUCCAAAGAUGAUGCUUAUUGGGAGAGUAUUGACAGACGGGAGGGUGAAUGCUAGGGUGAAGUGUGAUUUGUCUGAGAAUCUUUCGUUGAAAGCCAAUGGUCAACUAACUGGUGAACCGCACAUGUCGCAUGGCAUGGUUAAUUUAGACUACAAGGGAAAAGACUACAGGACUCAAUUUCAACUUGGCAAUGGUGCAUUAUUUGGAGCCAGCUACAUCCAGAGUGUCAGUCCACAUUUGUCUCUGGGUGGGGAGGUAUUCUGGGCUGGUCAGCAUCGGAAAUCUGGCAUUGGUUAUGCUGCUCGCUACAACACAGAUAAAAUGGUUGCUUCAGGGCAAGUUGCUAGCACUGGGAUGGUGGCACUGAGUUAUGUUCAGAAAAUUUCUGAAAAGGUGUCUCUAGCAUCAGACUUUAUGUACAACUACAUGUCUAGAGAUGUUACCGCAAGCUUUGGUUAUGAUUACAUCCUUCGGCAGUGUCGUCUCAGAGGGAAGAUUGAUUCCAAUGGAUGUGUUGCUGCUUUCCUGGAAGAGCGCUUGAACAUGGGUCUUAAUUUCGUUCUUUCAGCUGAGGUCGAUCAUAAAAAGAAAGACUACAAGUUUGGCUUUGGACUCACCGUUGGAGAAUAGAGGAGGCAGAUUAAAUUGAAAGCAUCUUUAACAAUGAUUCUUUUUCUCAACAAUCAGAAUCAAAACACCAGUUUUGUAUCUUUAUUGAGCGACAUUGUUUUUAGAGCAUAUCAACUGGUGCAACUAGUCACUAGUAGUUGAUUUUGCAAUUUGAGACAUUCUUUAGAUAGUUUAGAAUUGUAGAGUUGACUUUAUUCAGCUAGAGAGAUCUACCAUUCUGAUUUUACUGUGUGGCCUACUCUGUGGUUAAUAAUUCAAUUCCUAGGGUUUAAAUCAUAAUUCAACUCAGAUUUUGGAGGCGUAUGAAUAUCAAUCAUCUAUGUUCGUUUCAAGCUAGUUA